GCAGCAUUGUUUGACGGGUGUCACAGCUCCUCUUGAAACCCAAAGAAAGAGAAGACGACCGGCUGAAAACGUCAACUCGGCACAUUCACAAGGAGCCCUGCAUGCCGUGCUCCCUGCCAUUGCCUCUUUACUUCGUUUUCACUCCAAAGUGUCUUCAUCUCCUGACCAGUUUCUUGACGUGGCCUUCGAAAACCUGGGAAAAGAUGAGUGCAUCUGAUUGGUCCAACCUGACCCUUCAUCUGGAGGGUUCCCUGACCAGUGCUUUGGGUAAUUACCUGGACAACUGGAGGCGUAAUAUGACAGCUGCAGCCAACGCUUUGGACAAGACUCUGGCUGAGGAGAACUUCAGGAAUGUCAUCUGGUAUCUGGCGGUUAUGAUUGGGAUGUUUGCCUUCAUUGUUGUGGCCAUCCUGGUGAGCACAGUCAAAUCGAAGAGGAGAGAGCACUCUAAUGACCCCUACCACCAAUACAUCAAGGAGGACUGGACUGCUCAGUUACAACAGAGUGAUGUGAUCAAUAACAUUUUGGCUAGAUAAUGCAACACUUGACUUAAAGCAAAUCCUCAGUAGCAGUAGCAGCAGCAUGACUAGAUGUUCACAAAAGCGGCCCUUUCUUAUGCUGGUCAAAUUUGUAAUGAGAAUAAUAAAGUACAAUCAAUAUUGUGAAUCUA